AGGAAAAAAAAAGGAGAGAACUUAUUAGAUUAGGCCUUAGAGAGGGAGAAAAGAAAGAGCGGAGAAGAUUAACAUUUAAUCUUCUCCAUCUCCCUCCUAAUAAGAAAAAUAAAUCAAUUUCUUUAAAAAAACGGUGGCUCUAAUUCGGGUGUUCCUUCAGGUUCUCAUGGCCCCGAGCAAGCUUAGGAAAGCCAUCGGGGCCGUGAAGGACCAGACGAGCAUCAGCCUCGCCAAGGUGGGCUCCACCGACUCCCUCUCGGACUUGGAGGUCGCGAUCGUGAAGGCGACGCGGCACGAGGAGCUCCCGCCUGAGGAGCGGCACGUGCGGGAGAUCCUCAGCCUGACCCGCUACUCGCGGGCCCACGUGGCGGCGUGCGUCACCGCCGUGUCGAGGCGGCUGAGCCGGACGAGGAACUGGGUGGUGGCGGCGAAGGCGCUCAUGCUCGUGCACCGCCUCCUCCGCGACGGCGACGCGGCGUACGAGCACGAGGUCUUCUUCGCCACCCGGCGCGGGACCCGCCUCCUCAACAUGAGCGACUUCCGGGACGCGUCCCGCUCCGAGGACUCGUGGGACUUCUCCGCGUUCGUGAGGACGUACGCGCUUUACCUCGACGAGCAGCUCGAGUUCCGCAUGCAGAACCGCCGCAGGAAGCGGAGGGGGUUCACCUACGACGAAGAGGAGGGGGAGGAGGAGGAGGAGGCCGCGGCGGCGGCGAGGGCUCUCACGCCGGCGAAAGAGAUGAGCAAUGAGUUGGUCUAUUCGAGAAUCCAUCACUACGUCCACAUUCUUCAGCGAUUCUUGGCAUGCAAACCUACAGGUUAGUUUUUCUAAAAUGGCACGCUACAAAAUGAUUUUUGUUUUAAUAUUUAAUACGGAGUACAAGAGUAAAAUUUUUAUUUAAUAGAUAUUCAAAAUUCGCCCAACUUAACAAUGAAAAACUCAUUUAACAAAAAAAAAAAUUGUGACUUGUUUUUCAGACGAUGAAUUGGUUAAUAAUUUUAACAAAAAAUAUCUAUGCUUUAGUUACUCCCUCCGUCCAACAAUAACGUUCAAUGUUUAUUAUUUACCUGGUCAAACUUUAUUCAAUUUGUUGGCAUAUUUUCAUUGACCAUUUGACAAAAUAAUAUAGUCAUGUAAUAUCUAGUAUUGUAAAUCUUUUUAUGUAGUCUUCAAAUAUUUAAUUCUUUGAAAAUAAUUCCAGUCAAUCAUCAGGGGAACGCACAACGAAAAUAUUAUUGUUGGACGGAGGGAAUAUUUACUUUAAUUAAAAUCGGGUCGCAUAU